AUGGCAGCGGCCCCCGCGGCGCCCAGGCGGGGGCGCGCAGGCGCCUGCCUCUUUGCCGUGCUGGCGCCUCUCCUGUGCAGCCUCUCCCGCACCUUCGCCCAGGCUUCGUGGCAGCGCCCAGGCCGAUCUGCGCUGAGGGCUUCCGGGCGUUCAGAGGAUGAGGCGCCGGCGCAUCUCCGGCCGGUCGUCCUUUGCCCUGCCCAGUUUGGCACCGCCGAGGACUACGAGGACCUCAAGGAGAGCUUAAAGGUGCGUGGUUUCGCAUUGUACGCGGCGCCACUCUCCAGAUUCGACUGGCUGAAGAUCGUACCCAGCACGUUCACGAAGGAGUUCUUCACCGCGGAGCUGCGCCCGAACCGGACGCUUGGGUUCUUCUACGAAGCUCUGGACCAGGCCAUCGCUGCGGUGGACGCCGACUUCGGCCCGGAGGAGCCCAUCGCAUUCUUGGGCCACUCCAUUGGAGGCUGGGUGGCGCGGUCUUACAUCGGUGAAGUACUUGGCGAGGAGCUGGCCCGAAAGCGCGUGCGAUCUUUGGUCACGCUGGGCACUCCGCACCAGUCGCCGCCAGAAGACUCCUUCGUUUCGGCUCUGGAUCAGACUCGCGGCUUGCUGAGCUACAUCAAUGACAAGUUCCCAUCAGGUGCGCCUCUGCCCCCGGCAUCCGUGACGUGCGUCGCGGGGCGCGGCACCCGCGUCCCCGCAUCCGUGCAGGCGCUGUGGGAGACCGCAGGCACCAAGAUCUGGAACGAGACGGUCAGCCGCAGCACCUUGCUGGAGGAGGUGGUGGCCUUCGCCUCGUACCUGCCACUGUCGGGAAGCACCUUCGGCGUCGAGGGGGAUGGCCUCAUUCCUGUGGACACGGCCCUCAUGGAAGGCUGUCAGAGCGUCGUUGCUCGGCAGCAUCUUCAGGCACGCAUCAAGGAACCUUCCAUGGGCCAGAACUUCGGCCAACUCCCAUGCUACGUCUACUAUUGGAGCUUCGGAAGCAGGAGGUACUACAGCUGGAAGCUGGCGCUCUCCUUUGGCCCGGUCUUGGCUUUCGCCCUCUGCGCUCACAUGACUUGGGCGGCUGGGCUCCUGUUCAGGCGGCGGGUGCCCUGCCGAAAGGCCUUGGCUCUUACGGGCUGCCUCUGGCUGGCCUCCAUCACGGGCCUCUGGGCCGGCGACCAGAACUACGGGCACUACACGAUCAGCUACUACACUUACCAGGACCUUGUCUCAUACACCGAUGUGGAUCCAGCCCAUGCUAAAGGGCAGACCUACAUGGAUGCGGGCGAGGUGUACUUCAAGGAGGGUACCGAGGUGGCUACCAGCGAGAUGGUGUCCUUCCGCAGCCGCACAAACUUCUGCGCGGCGCCGAUCAUCGGCCAGCCGCUGCGGAACCAAGCCGGCCUGGAAGAAGUCAAGGUGGAGGGAGACGUGAUCAUCCCAGAGGCCGGCUCCGUCGAUUUCUGGGCGGUGGGGACUGACUGCUGCGACAAAGCCAGCAGGACCUUCACGUGCGGCCAGGUACACUGCAGCGCUGGUUGCGCCUUGCUGUGCUGCAUAAUGGCCUCAGCAACUCAUGCCGGGCACUGGGCAGCCAUCGCGCCCCAAGAUCGACACCUCCUUCUGGGCGCCGGCGGUAUCACGGCCGUCCUGGCCGCACGUGCGGCACGGGUUAGACGCCUGGGUCCUGCGGCCUCUUCCCUGGCUGCGGCGCUAGGCGCUGCGGCUGUCGCUGGGGGGGUCGCCUCUCAGCAUGGGGCCCUGGCUGAGGACCAGUGGGAGAUCAUGAAGCUGACGGGCUCCUCUGCGUCCAGCUCCUCCGCCGCCCCGGUGAAGCUCCGCCCUCCCUGGAGCAGCUCUUUCGCAGCAGCUGCUGGGGCCAUUGCGGUCGCGGACCACCCCGUGUACGAGGAGGUACCGCAGGAAAUGCAGGUGGGGGGCUUCAGCUUUGCUGACCGCAAGGUGCUGGGGAACCACUGCCUCAGCGUCCAUGGCCGCAGCCACUGCCGAUACUAUGGCCUGGAGGUCUGUGCUGCUGUCCUGUAUCUUCCUGAGGGCACGGAUCAGGUCCUGGCAGGCGGAGACGUCAUGGACUCCACAGUUCCGAAGACUCUGGAGCUGCGGUAUUGCAGAAAUUUUCCUGGAGACCAAUUUCGUUUUGUGACCCGUUGGGCGCUGUCCAGAAAUGGCUACCUGCCUGACGAGGCUGUUGAGGUCGGCCUCAAACUCUUCAACCCCUUGUACAGAGACGUCAAGCGUGGGGAUUGCUACACGCUCAGCUACGAUCCGCGUACCCCUGCAGGCAGAGUGACCCUGCAGCUCAACGGCGUGGAGCUGGGAAGCGUUGAGGGGCGCCGGUUCUCGGAGGCUCUGUUUUCCGUGUGGUUUGGCCAACAUCCAUUCCUGGAUCAUCUGAAGCAGGAGCUUCUGCUGCGCCAGUGA